CAAUAUAAAUCAACACUGGUUUGUCCUGUUUGCAAGAAGGUUUCUACUACCUUUGAUCCAUUCAUGUACCUGUCGCUACCUCUACCAUCAACAACAAUGCGGGCAAUGACUUUAACAGUACUGAGUACUGAUGGAAAUGCUAAGCCGUCUCCAUAUACCAUUACUGUCCCUAAGUAUGGAAAGUUUGAAGAUCUUAUUAGGGCUCUAAGUGUUGCAUGUUCCUUAGGGGUUGAUGAGACAUUACUAGUUGCUGAGAUUUACAACAACCGCAUUAUACGUUAUCUAGAGGAGCCUGCUGAUUCUUUAUCCUUAAUCAGAGAUGAUGACCAACUGGUUGCUUAUAGGUUGAGGAAAGAUAGUAACAAAGAUCUUUUGGUUGUUUUUAUGCACCAGCAGAUUGAGGAGCAGUGCAUCCCUGAGAAACUGACUUCAGGCUUGAAGGCUUUAGGAAUACCUCUUGUAGCUAAAAUUUGCAAUUCAGUUAAUGGAUUUGAUAUCCACAAUCUGUAUCUAAAGUUGCUUAAUUCAUUCCGUAUACCUGCUGGAGAUUGUAAUGAUAAUGAUGCCUCUGGGAACACUGCAGCUGAAGAACUUAGACAGAUGGAGAAUACAAGAAGUGAGGAUGCAAUAACUUCUCUCACAGAUGGGGAAGCAACUACUCCACCAGACAUGAAAGUGGUUGAUUCAACUUCAGAUGCUGAACUACAGUUUUACUUGUCAGAUGAGAAGGGAAUGAUCAAGCACCUAAAAAUAGUAAUGAAUGAGCCAGUGGAAGUGACAGGUGAACCUGGGCGGUUGUAUGUGCUUGUAAGUUGGCCAGAAAAAGUUAUUGAACAAUAUGAUACAAGACUCCUCAGUACUUUGCCUGAAAUUUUCAAGUCUGGUUUUCUUGCAAAGAGACCUCAGGAGUCUGUUUCUCUGUACAAGUGUCUUGAAGCUUUCUUGAUGGAGGAACCUCUUGGACCGGAAGACAUGUGGUAUUGUCCUGGCUGCAAAAAUCACCGGCAAGCCAGUAAAAAGUUAGAUCUUUGGAGACUACCAGAGAUUCUGGUUAUUCAUUUAAAAAGAUUCUCAUACAGCCGGUUCUUGAAGAACAAACUAGAGACAUAUGUUGACUUCCCGAUCGAUAAUCUUGAUUUGUCAACAUACGUUGCUCACAAGAAUGGCAAGCUAUCUAAUCAGUAUAUGCUUUAUGCUGUUAGUAAUCACUACGGAAGCAUGGGAGGUGGUCAUUACACUGCUUUUGUUCAUCAUGGGGGUGAUCGAUGGUACGACUUUGAUGAUAGCCAUGUAUCUCCAAUCAGUCAGGACAAGAUAAAGACUUCAGCUGCUUACGUUCUUUUCUACAGAAGAGUUGUGGAAGAAUAGAGUUGUUAAUUUGUGAAAAUCCAUAUUGAAGCUUGAAGAAAUUAGCAUUUUUGUUGUGUUAAGUAUUACAAAUAUCAUAUCAUAAUUUUUCCGUCUGGUCACAAUUUUUUGUUUACAUCUACAGUAUCGAGGAUGGAUGAUGGUGGGGAGAAUCGAAAAGGUCAGAAUAGGUAUAGGUGUGGAACAUAACUGUAUCAUAGUGACAACUGAAGAGGACGUGUAACCAUAUGAAAAAGAAAAGUUUAGAUAGUUGGGUUGCUUUCAACCCCCAUUACAUUAUAUUCUUUAUUAAUUCCGUUACGACGCUUGAGUGAAGAAAUUGAAUUUCACUGACUA